UCUGGGGAAAGUGUACAUAGAUUAUAGAUAAAUUUUAAUAGCUGAUGCAAACAACCUGUAGAGAAAGUGGAUUCAUUGGGAUUUGAGAGAUCCAGCAAACGCGAGUACGAGAGUACAAAAUGGGUCUUUCAAGUUGGUUUCAGGAUCUUGGUGUUCCGUGGAAAAUAUCCAUUGGAAUUCUUAGUGGCGUUGCAGUGGUGACAAGCGCUUACGGAGUGUACACACUGUACAACAAUCAUAAGUCAAUCGAUGAAAAGAAGAAAUCUGACGAUAGUGAGACAGCUGGGGAAGCAGCAGAGAAAAAGGUUCUAGUACUGGGACUGGAAAACUCUGGAAAGAGCACAUUUCUGGCCGCUUUGGCUCAGCACGACAGCCCCGUAACAUCUGAGCGCGAAGAUAGCCAGCCAACCCAAGGUUUUCAUGUUGUUUGUGUAUCAACCAGAGGCGUUAGCCUAAAUGUUUGGGAAAUUGGUGGAACAUUUCAAUCCUACUGGCCAAACUUCCUCUCUGAUGUCAGUGUCCUUGUGUACGUCAUUGACAGUAGUGCUCCUGAAAAGUUUGCAGAGUCUAAAGAUGCCCUGUUGGCAGUUCUUUCAAGGGAGAGCAUCAAGGGAGUCCCCUUGAUAAUACUUGCCUGUAAACAAGAUGCCAAAGGGGCAAAGCCAACACAGGAAGUAGAAUCAUUCUUUGGGCUUCAGGAACUAUCUGCCAGUCGUGAAACUGGAAUUGUUGGUGUUGAGGUCUUGGCCAGUGGAGAAGUCCAUGGAUUGGAAGAGGCCAAAGAACUCAUUUUAAAGUUUUGUGCAGAAUAGCUGGUUUUCCUCCUUGAGGUCCUUUGCUGGAAAGGCCUUCAUGAAGAAUACGGUUUAGUCAUUUUCUAUUUAUGUCAACAUAGGUAGCUAUGUCCAACCACAUGUUGUGUAAAUAAACUAUACCUGUGAAAUAUUUACUUACUGCAACAGAGUCUUGGUAAGAGAAACUUAGAAAUACUGGCUCCUCUCUCGAGUAUGACAACAUUCAGGGAACUGUGAUAUUUCUCAUUUCUACCUCAGCUAGCAAUGCAGUAGAACAGACUGGAGUGAUGCACUGCAUAACGCAUACCCAACUUGUCUUCCUCGAUUUUCUUUGAAUUGUCAGAGGUUUAUUGUCCUAAUGGUCUGUGGGGGCUCAGGUUGAGUCCAAUUUAAGAACUCUGAAUUCUGGCUUAAGAAUUAAAGGUCAUUGUUGUUCUUUUUCCUUAUCACAUACCCAGUGACAUGGAUAAUAGUCCAAUAGUUAGACAUUUGAGAUUACCUGUUGUGAGCCUUCAAUUUAUUUUUUUCUGUUUUCCCCAACAUAGUCUCAACCCAGGAGUAGUAGUUGGUAGUGGAGUCUAUUUGUCCAGGUGAACGUAGUCUCAACAAGCACUGUUGUCCAGGGUGAUGGUGAAUAUUUUGACAACCUUAGUGGAAGUCUCUAUUAAAGUUGUAAUUUAUGGUUUUUUAAAUUUUAGUUGCUGUCACUGUCAGCAGUCCUUUUCAUUACUACUUUCACCUGGACAAUCGGAUCUCGUGUUUAAUUUUUGGUAUUCAUUUAAAAGACAGCUUUCCAGUAUAAACUGUAAACCAAUUGUAAGUAAAAUGACAGCAAAGA